CGGUGUCAAGUUUACGUUAAUCACGGCGCGGUACUGUUUCAGACAUAUUUGUCAAGCGGAGGGAGUCCUCAUCGGAUCAGCUCCAGCCGCCGCUCCGUGACGAAUUAUGACUGCGUGUUGUCACGCACUUAUCGUGUGAGGCCCGAGCGAGAGAAGUUUUCCUCCUUCCUGGACUGUAACGUUAGGUUACUGCAGCUGAUCUCCGCUCCUCACAAACAGUGAGCUGUGACUGCCCCCCUUCUUUUUCUCUGUCUGUGCACCUGCAUGCACCGUGGGCAGCCCCGGCCUGUCAGAGAGGCGCUGUACUCAGAGACUGUGCUGCACUAGGAGAAACCGAUGGCUUCUGGCGCUCGAUCUCCAUCUGAAGGCCACAGGCUGAGGCUGCUCGAGUUGCUACUUGGGCCUCUGCUGGUCUUGUUGGUGUCUGGGCUGGAACCAGUGCUGGGUCACAACAUCUACACAAACACAUGGGCUGUCCACAUACCUGGAGGUCAGGAGCAAGCUGAAAAAAUUGCCAGCAAAUAUGGGUUCAUCAACUACGGACAUGUAUUUGGUGAUUAUUAUCACUUCCGGCAUCGUACAGUUGUGAAAAGAUCGCUGUCAGAUCACAGGGGGACACAAGUCCGCCUAGAAAAGGAUCCCGAGGUGACUUGGGCAGAGCAACAGGUGUCAAAACGGAGGAAAAAGAGGGAUGUCUACACAGAACCUUCAGAUCCCAAGUUCAGAGACCAGUGGUACCUGUACAACGGCAACCACCGUGACUUGAAUGCCAAAGCUGCGUGGCAGUUGGGCUACACAGGUAAAGGGGUGGUGGUGUCCAUCCUGGAUGAUGGAAUAGAGAAGAACCAUCCUGACCUGAUGCAGAACUAUGACCCGGAUGCGAGCUACGAUGUGAAUGAUGGCGACCCAGAUCCUCAGCCUAGAUACACGCAGCUUAAUGACAACAGGCAUGGAACGCGAUGUGCAGGAGAGGUGGCAGCGGUAGCCAACAAUGGCUUCUGUGGAGUCGGUGUGGCAUACAACGCCAAGAUUGGAGGUGUGCGUAUGCUGGACGGUGAGGUGACUGACAUGGUGGAGGCCCAGUCUCUCAGUCUAAAUCCCCAACACAUCGAUAUCUACAGCGCCAGCUGGGGUCCAGAGGAUGACGGCAAAACUGUCGAUGGGCCUGCCAAACUCGCUAAAGAAGCCUUCCUGCGUGGAGUUACUGAGGGUCGUAAUGGUUUGGGCUCCAUCUUUGUGUGGGCUUCUGGGAAUGGAGGGAGGGAGAAAGACAGUUGCAACUGUGACGGCUACACCAACAGCAUCUACACCCUGUCCAUCAGCAGCUCCACCCAGAAUGGCAAUGUUCCCUGGUACAGCGAGGCUUGCUCCUCCACCCUUGCCACCACCUACAGCUCGGGGAACCUCAACGAGAAACAGAUAGUGACUACAGACCUCAAAUCAAAAUGCACAGACUCCCACACAGGCACCUCUGCUUCCGCCCCACUGGCUGCUGGGAUCAUCGCCCUCGCCCUUGAGGCCAAUAAAAACCUGACCUGGAGGGACAUGCAGCAUCUGGUUGUAAGGACUUCUCACCCUGCCCACCUGCUCACCAACGACUGGAGAACCAAUGGGGUUGGCCGCAAAGUUAGCCAUUCAUAUGGGUAUGGUCUGCUUGAUGCCAGUGCAAUUGUAGAGCUGGCAAACACAUGGACCAGUGUGGGACCGCAGCGGAAAUGUGUGAUCACCAUGGUCUGUGAGCCAAGGAACAUUGGCAGCCAUUUAUCGAUUAACAAGAGUGUGGACGCCUGCUUUGGGACAGACAGUCAUGUGACCUCAUUAGAGCACGUCCAGGCCCGACUCACCCUGUCCUACAACCGGAGGGGAAACCUGGCUAUCCACCUCAUUAGUCCUGCCGGCACACGCUCCACACUGCUGCACCCCAGGCCUCAUGACUAUUCGUCAGAGGGUUUUAAUGACUGGGCUUUCAUGACCACCCACUCUUGGGAUGAGAACCCUAGUGGGGCUUGGACACUGGAGAUUGAGAAUGUGGCUGGUGCCAGCGACUAUGGCACUCUGACCCAGUUCAUCCUGGUGCUGUAUGGCACUGGCUCAACAUCUUCCAGUACCUCUGACAACCCUCAGCCUGGCAACGGCGGCUGCAAGACCCUGGACCUGAGGCAGAUAUGCAUCGAGUGUGACACCGGCUACUACCUCUUUCAACAACGUUGUGUGAAAGAAUGUCCAGAAGGCUUCUCUGUGGGUUCCCAGCCCAUCAACUACACAGUGGGAAACUCCAUACCACCAGCUUCCGUCCCAGCCUGCCUGCCCUGCCCGCUGCCUUGCCUGACCUGCAGCAGCCUCAGCCCUCUGGUCUGCCUGUCCUGCCCCCCUCACAGUUCCCUUGACCCCAUCUCUGGCACCUGCCUGCAUCUCAACCAGUACAUGCGUGAGUCCCCUGGCAGCUUCAUGGUGGGCCAGGGGAACCCGGGGUCGGAGCUCCAGCUGACCUCCCAGCUGCCCAUCACCAUUGCCGUUCUCAGCUGCAUGGCCAUCAUGGCCACCUUUGCUGGCAUCUUCCUGAUGCUGCAGCUGCGCUCAGGCGCGCUCAUUAAACUGCCUUCUUUAGAGGCUGGCGGUGGUUUCGCGGGCAGUUUCAGCCUUGGGGGAAAUAGGGUGGUGUCGUACCAUGGCAUCCCUACAGUGUGGGGGGAUGAAGACAUAAAAACAGACUCCGAAAACGAAGAGUUUGGCGUCCACAAUGAGAGGACUGCCUUUAUCAAAACACAAAGUGCUCUUUAAUGCCUCCCCCACAUCCCUCCCUCUCUCCUGCUUUUAAAUCCUCUCACCCCCUCCAUUUGUCUGAUAAUUCAGGGCUGUGGAAACGGUCCUUUCAGUCUUUUCUGGUUUUAUCUCUCACCCCUUUGUUUCUGUCUCUGUCUUAUGGGGUUCUCAUCUGAGUCCUGCUUCAGAAUCACUUCUUCCACUGUGCUGUGGGAGACCUGAUGAGAAGCCACUGUCCCUCAGAGCUCAGGAUGGCCCGGGCUUUGCUCUGGUCACACUUGGGCGCAUUUCUAUUAAACUGGCUAACUCCCUCCUCUUGCCCUCAAUCACUAACAGCGUCUGUCUGCGUAGAGUCCAUUUCUCCCCCCAGCUGUAGCUCCUUUUUGUUACAGUAAACAAAUGAUUAUUAUUAACUUUCUUCUUCUUUUUUUUCUUUUUCCAUCAGUCUCAGUGCAGUAGCCAGACGAGAUUGUUGUAUGUGAGGAGUAGAGAUGUGUUUGUGCGUGCUGGUGUGUGUUAAUGUGAGCGUGUAAAUCCAGUGAACAGUGCAGUGCGAUUUAUAGAGAAGCUGAAGUUUGUCCUGUCACAUUUAGUACUCUGACUUAAAAGUGAUAACAAAAAUUGUAUAAUGAGGCAUGAAAUCGGAUUUGGAAACAUUGGUUCUCUUGAAGUAUUGUUAAGUGACCUCAACAUCCAAAAGCUGUUUAGAAGAGCCCUACUUAUCCUUCCAGAUUCACAUUUUUAAAGUGCAUUUUAAAAAUUAACACAUCAAAAGGAUAAUAGUUGAAAAUGUCCAGACUUUGACUGAUGGCCAGUAAAUCAUUAGAACCAGAGCAGACUGUCUGAGAGCUGUCUAAAUAUGUCAUGUCACCCCCUUUAUGAUGAGACAAUUAUUUAUAUUUCCUUUAAACAAAAUCCAUCUCUCACAUGGUCAGUCACUGCAGAUAUUGAUCUGGGUGUGACUUUAGCCCUGCUGUUGUAAACACGUUGUGAAAAGAUCGUUCUCUAGUCCGGCAGGAGCUAAGUGAGGCGCACAACUUGCAAAGCUUCCUUCAGACUGGUGGGAUUCAUGAUGGACUCAUUUAUUCUGGUUUGGAGACUGUACAUUCUCCUGUGCUCUUAGUAGGCCAUCCAUCACACAUCAAAAGAAAGAUACAUUUAAAGAGGAACACACACACACACAGUCGAGGCUGAGACA